CGGAUUUGUUUCACGUUAAAUACGUCAAAAUGAAGUGUGGAAGAUUUCUUAUCCUAUUCCUGUAUAUUACAGGGGCUUUCAUUUGUUAUACUCAUGGCCAAGCAACACUCGAUACGAUCAUGGUUGCAGUGAAUGCACAAGCAGCUGUCAUCACAGCUUUAUCUGCAGCUUUGACUGCGCAAGGAAACCAGAUAACAACCCUUCUUAAUACAGCAAAUGCCAUUAAUAACCAGGUAAUUAACAAUGGCAAUAGUAUUGCAGGGCUCCAGAAUACACUUAACGGUAUUGGUAACACCGUAAAUAAUCUGCAAAACCAGGUAAACGCAAUCAAUGCAGCUGUUGCCGCGCUUACAACAGCGGUGGCUAACAUACAGACUGAUGUAAACAAUAUACAGACGGUCACAAACUCGAUCAACAAUAUGGUUACUCAGAUAAAUACAAGGCUUACUGCACUCGAAGCUGAAAUCGCUGCACAAACUGUUCUACUUAAUACAAUUGAUGGUAAAAUAAUGGCAUUACAGAACACCGCAAAUGAAAUCAAUACUAAAGUCGACGCCGUCCAAGUUACUGCAACAGACACCAACACCAGAUUGAAGACGGUAGAAAAAACAGUGAAUGAUAUCAGAACUAAAGUGGACUCCUUGGAAAACACUUUAAAUUCAUUAAAUGGAAAAGUCGAUUGGCUGAAACGAGCUGUCGAAGAAAUCGAUAAAAAGGCUAACUCAAAAGUUGAGCUUGCUAAGGUUAUUACGGUCAAAGUCGAUUGGAUUAAAAGUAACCUUAAUAUGGACAAACUAUCACCGUUGCUAAAUGAUAUCAAGUCUAGAGUCGAUGUUAUUCGUGAAUUUCAGAAUGCUCUGAAAUUUCUUGAUGACAAAAUGAACGCACUGACCCACAAAUUGGAAGACCUUGACGUCUCAAUUAAGACGAAGGAAACGAAGAUUAUAAAUAAUGUUCCGGGUACACGCACCAGCGUUAAUCACAACUUUAAUCAUAACGUCCACCGUAAACUUAAAUAUAGAUAAACAAACGAAUCUUUAUUAAACGCAUUUCUAACACUUUCUAAUGAUUUUCUGUCCUAAAUUAUUGCAUUAAAUAUGUCCAUCGUAUAUUUAUGAAUAUAAUCUUUACUUUCAAAUCUCGUAAGUUUGUUAAUAUAAUCUCGUACGUAUUGAAACAUCAAAUCAAACUUCUACAGAUCAUUUAGAACCUGCACUUUCACAGCGAAAAUAUUUCAUAAAGUAAAGGAAUGCAAUGUUUGUUAUCGAUGAAUAAAUAC